UAUGGCAAUUUAUUUUCCUGAAGAAUCAGAUAGAAUCAAUAAAAAAGCAGAGCAAACUAAAUAAAAGAUUCUAGAGAUGCGUAAAAUAGCAUAAGAAUAGUUCGGCAUUGUUUUUCCAGACUCUAAUCCAUUUUAAAUUAAAACAUUUGAAUAAAGGGAUUCAAUUAAAGAACUAGAUGAAAAUAUAAGGAUGUACAAAAAGAUUCAAAAAAAUAACGAUAGAGUAUUCAUUGAUUUUGAAAAAAAGAAUUAGUAUAUGUUUGAUUAGAAUUCAUUUAAAACGUUACAAUUCAUAAAAAGUUAAAAGUAAGUCAGCGAAGAAAAAAUUGAAACAUCUUGUUAAUCAUACCAAUCAUUAGUUAAUCGAACAUUAAAAUCAGUACUAUCUCAGCGUUUCGAUAAAGCCACAAAUGUUUCUAAAAAAUCCUCACCAAGAACUAUUUUUUAAAAAGAUCGUUCUUGUACUGUUCGAACUAGGACAAUUACUUUAACAAAGAGAAAAACUAUGAAUCCUUAAAAAGUAGAAUUUGAAGGUUUGAUAAAUGAGUAAAGAAGAUUAUUAUAAACAUCUCAUCUAAAAAGGUAUCACAAGGAUAAAUUACAAUAAGACUUUUAAAAUCUACUUGCAGAAUUAAAUAAUAUCAAAAUCCAUAAGGAGGAAACCAUAAUUGAAAAAUAUAAAAAAAAAUAUUUAUUUUGA